AAUCUAUUCAGAGUGUAUUACAGGAAAAGGCUGAAAAGGCUGAAUAGUGAUUCUCUUCCCUCAACACUGAAUAGCUAUUCAUUCCCAUGUAAAGUAAAAAAAAAAAAUUGCCCUUUUUCAAUUUUUGCCCUCACCACUAACUAGAGAAUGAAGAAGCACUACAACCAUCAUCUUUUCCCUCGGUUCACGGGUAAUUUCAAAGAGGCAUUGAAAUUUUUUCAAGCAAUGCAAAACAGUGGGUUGGAACUUGAUAUUGUCCCAUAUACUAUCCUAAUUGAUGGGCUGUGCAAAGCUAGGCAUAUUGAAGUUGCCAAGGAAUUAUUUCGUCAACUCUCAGACAGUGGUUUAAAAUUAAAUGUUUACAAAUAUGGUGUAAUGAUUAAUGGACUGUGUAAAGAGGGAUUGCCAGAUGAAGCAUAUAGGUUUUUUGGGAGCAUGGGAGAUAAUGACUGUUCGCCUAAUCGUUGUUGUUAUAAUGUAAUGAUUCGGGGGUUGCUUCGAAACAACUAUACCUCAAAGGCAAUGCAACUUCUUAUGAAAAUGGUUGGUAGAUGUAUUCACUACCAACUUAUUUAUGGAUCUCAUCGUACAUUCUAAUAAAUCAAUCUUGCUUUGAAAUGUUUCACAAAUUGUGUAAAGAUCAUCACUUGUAAAUGUGAAUCAGUUUUUACAUAACUAUUGUACAGUUAUAAAAGAUUCUGCAAACUAGAAUGAGUUUUA